AUGAUUGAUCCUUUGAGAAAAAUCAGAACAAAUUCGACAUCAAUCGAUGCAGAUGAAUUUCCGAUUACCAAACGAAUUUUACCUGGAAUAAACAAUAUCAAUAAUAAUUCGAUUCUGGAAAGUGAUGAUGGAACUGGUAGAACAAGCAAUGGAAAUAAUGUAUCCGGUGAACAACAGGCAAACAAUACCUUUUACAAUUGUAUUGCUGGUGCACCAGAUAUUCCUGAACGAGGAAAAACAGUUCCGUUGGGCCUUGAUAUGGGCUUGUCACUCGGUAAACGAUCUGCUGGUGUUCCAAGCGCAAUUGAAAGACAUAAUCUUAAUGAUGAGGAACUGCGUACACAUGUAUAUAAAAAAACUUUACAAGCAUUGAUUUAUCCCAUAUCAUUGACAACUCCACAUGAUUUUGAAUUUUGUUCGUUUACUUAUCCAACAUAUUGUUAUGAUUGUGAAGGCCUUCUAUGGGGUAUUGCUAGACAAGGUUUAAAAUGUCGAGAAUGUGGACUGAAAUGUCAUGAAAAAUGCAAAGAUCUUUUCAAUGCUGAUUGUCUUCAACGUCGAGCACAGAAAAAAGCUAAGCAUGAUGCCAAUGAUACACCAAGAAGUCUAAUAGAAGCUAUACAUGAGAAAAUGACACUCAGGGAAAGUACAAGACCACAUAUGUUUCAAACUAUUAGAGAUGUUUUCAAUGUGGAUGAAAAAUCUCAUGUUGAUCAUAUGAAAACUGUUAAACAGAAUGUCCUUGAUGGAACAUCGAAAUGGUCAGCCAAAUUGAUAAUUACUGUGAUAAGUGCUCAAGGUUUAAUAGCGAAAGAUAAAACUGGAACAUCGGAUCCGUAUGUCACUGUUCAAGUCAGUAAUGUGAAAAAACGAACAAAAACAGUUUAUUCAGAAUUAAAUCCAACUUGGAAUGAAAAAUUCUUUUUUGACUGUUAUAAUUCAUAUGAUCGAAUAAAAGUUCGGGUUUGGGAUGAAGAUGAUGAUAUUCAAGCGAAACUAAUGCAAAAAUUAACUCAUGAAUCCGAUGAUUUUCUUGGACAAACGAUUAUUGAACUUCGAACAUUAUCAGGUGAAACGGAUGUUUGGUAUAAUUUAGAAAAACGAACGGAUAAAUCAACUGUUUCUGGUGCUAUACGUCUUCAUAUAUCCGUAGAAAUUAAAGGAGAAGAAAAAGUCGCUCCAUAUCGUGCACAAUAUUCUUGCUUACACGAGAAUCUAUUUUAUACACUGUGUGAAAAUAAUAAUGGCCAACCGGUUAUUCCUGAUGCUAAAGGAGAUGACGCUUGGAAAGUGUAUUUUGAUGAACCUUCACAAGAAAUUGUCAAUGAAUUUGCAAUACGUUAUGGAAUUGAAUCGAUUUACCAAGCAAUGACUCAUUUUGCCUGCCUAUCAACGAAAUAUAUGUGUUCUGGUGUACCUGCUGUAAUGAGUACACUUUUAGCAAAUAUCAACGCUCAUUAUGCACGUACAAUUGCAACAACAGCUGCCAAUCAAUUUGGUGCUUCCAAUUUUGGAAUUCAAGGAUUAAGUUCUCCUCCACGUGCAUCGACAGUGGUUAAAGAUUGUGUGAAAAAUUGUAUAAGUUAUACAUAUAAUUUUCUCUUUGCUAAUUGUGAUGAAGUUUAUAAACGUGAAUCGAAACAACAAACAAAUCCAACAGAAAAUCAUCAUGAACUGAAUGAUGAUGGAACGCAAAUAUCAUCAAUAGACAAAACAACAACUCAUGGCGUUGGAUCAAGUCUGAAAAGUUUACAGUUUUGGCAUAAAUUAAUAUAUUUAUUAACAUGUAUCAUUUCGGAAGAUCGAGAACGAUAUAGUUUAGUCUUGAAUCAAUUCUCAUCAGAAUUAAAUGUUGGUCAUAUCAGUGCUGAUACUUUAUGGAACCUUUUAUCAGCUGAUCUGAAAGAUGAGCUUCAAGAACAUGAUCGAAUUCCUGCUGAACGUUCUGCUAUGAAAAGUGAUGAUUAUAUGACGCUUCAUUUUACGGUUAAAGAAUUCUAUGAUACAUCGGUGAAAAUCAUUCCUGAAGCAAAAAAUACUGUUCCAGAAUAUCCUAAAUGGUUUGAACCAUUUGUCAUUCGAUGGCUAAAUGAAAAUGGUGAUAUGUCCAUGGAAUAUCUUCACAAUGCACUUGAAAAAGAUCGUCAAACAGGAUUUCAACAAACAUCUGAGCAUUGUUUAUUUUCUUCGUCUGUUGUUGAUGUUUUUACUACAUUGAAUGAAUAUUAUCGAAUUAUUAAAACACUUGAGAUUCAUGAUUCAUUGGUCAUUGAGAAAUAUAUGCAACAUUUUUCUGUUAUUAUAUCUCAAGUCUUACUUGGUUAUGCCAAUGGAAUAUGUCGAACAUUUGAACAGGUUGCAGGUCAAGAUAAUAUUUGUUCGAUUUUAAUGAAUAAUAUUCAACGAUCACGUUUUCAUCUCGAUCAAUUAUAUGAAGUAAUGGGUGGAGCACAAUUAGAUAAUGAAACCAAAUCGAGAUUGAAUGAAUUACAAAAACAAUUAAGUGAUGUUCUCGAUGAAUUAAGUGCCAUGUUUGUCAAAAGUAUUGAACCAACAAUUCGACAAACAAUUGAAGAAGUCAAUAAACAAUUACAAGAAAUUAAAGAAAAUCAAAUGAAUCCAGGAAAUAAUAGUGGACAACAGAAAGGAGUUGAAGCCAGUCUGGUUAUGAAAUCAUUAUUGGAUUAUCUCUAUCAAAUAUGGACAUUUUUUGACAAUCAAUGUGAAAAGACCAUUCGAAAACGGUUGUUAAAAGAAUUGUGGAAAGUCGUGAUUAGUGAUUUAGAAAAAGUGAUUGUUUUACCACCUAUUUCUGAUUCCAACCAUCGAUUAACAAUUCCAUCAGCCAAAAUUGAAGAUGCUUAUCGACUUUUAUCAGGGGAAUUAGAUCGAGAUAAUGAUCGAAAUUUAACGCAAAACCAAUGUCAAAUCUUAGAUCAUGGUUUGGAAGAUUUAAAAGAAUUUUUUCAAGCAUCAGGUCAAGGUUUAAAGAAAGAUUAUUUAGAAAAAACGACAGAAUUACAAUCAUUAAAAUAUGCCCUUUCCUUGUACACACAAACAACGGAUUCAUUAAUUAAAACAUUUGUUAAAACAGAAAAAGAACAAGAUCGACCAGCAUUAGAAGAAUCGUUUGGUGAAGUUUCAAUUGAAGUCGAUCUAUUUACAGAUGCGGGUAGUGGAGAACAUAAAGUAACUGUCAAAGUUGUAGCUGCAAAUGGUUUGAAAUGGCGAACCACCAGAAUGUUUUGUCCCUAUGUUGAAUUAGCCAUGUGUGGUCCUCAUCUUAGUGAUAAAAAACAUAAAUAUACUACCAAAAUGAAGAGUAAUACAUGGAUACCGAAAUAUAAUGAAACAUUUCAUUUUCUAUUGGGCAAUGAAGAAGAACCUGAUUGUUAUGAAUUAAAUGUUGCUGUAAAAGAUUAUUCAUUUAUGCGUGAAGAUCGUUUAAUUGGUUUGAAUGUUAUUAAAUUAAAACAAGUAUGUGAACAAGAUUCAUGGUCAUCUUGGAUUCCAUUGGGUGCUCGAAUCAAUUUUGAUGAUGCUGGUUUAACUAUUCUAAGAAUCUUAUCACAUCGAACGAAUGAUGAAUUAGCUCGACAAUUUGUGGCAUUGAAAUCCGCCAGACGACAUAAGGAAGAUCAUGUCAACUGUCAAUCUAGAAAUCGAUGUUUAAUCAAUAGAAAUAUAAUAUUUCGAUGUCUUGUACAAAAUUUAACUGAAGAUGUUAUAUUAACACGAUGGAAUGUCAUUUUAUCAUUAGUGAAUGGAACACGAGGUGAAAUGUUUAGCCUAACUCUUCUUCGAAUUUUAACUAAUACUCAACAAUUACCUGAUCAAAUCGAUAUGAGAUUAGUUUUUCUUGUAUUCGAUUAUCUUCAUGUAUUUAUACAUAUUAUGGAAAAUGACAAUCAAUCAAAAUAA